AUUACUUCUUCCUUUCCUGAAAAAUCGACAAGGCUUUGACGCGUGCUGUCGCUUGCCUUGUUCUACCAAAUUGCAAAUCUGGAUUUAAAGUCUGUAGUGUGUGAUUUCACAAACGAAAGACGUUUUCAAAAAUAACAGCAGUAAGACUAGUCUAUUAUGUCCCGUUUUUUUGCCACCGGAUCCGACAGUGAGUCGGAAGAAUCAUCUUCCGCCGAUGAGAUCACCCCAAAAGCAAGCGGGACCACUUUUAAUAAGCAGGUCCUGUUGCUAAGUGAUGAUGAGGAGGACACUAAGAGAAUAGUACGCAGUGCUAAGGACAAGCGGUUUGAGGAGCUCACCAACUUAAUCAAGACCAUUCGCAAUGCCAUGAAGAUCCGAGACAUGUCCAAAUGCCUGGAGGAGUUCGAACAGUUGUGUCGAGCGUUCAAUAAAAGUAAAACAAUCGUGGACAAGGAGGGGGUGCCGCAGUUUUAUGUCCGCCUGCUCGCUGAUCUAGAGGACUACCUCAACCAGCUAUGGGAGGACAAGGAAGGGAAAAAGAAGAUGAACAAAAACAACGCUAAAGCCUUGAGCACGCUGCGUCAAAAGAUUCGCAAAUACAACAAAGAGUUUGAAACGGAGAUUGCUAGCUAUAAAGAGAACCCAGAGCAGUCAGCUGAUGAAGAGGAGGAGAAGGAUGAAAUUGAGAGUGGCUCAUCCUCUGAAAGUGAUGACGAGGGUGAAGAUGACGGUGCAACAGCCAAGAGCUUUAUGAAAAAGAAGCCUCAGGAGGAGGAGAAGAAAGCCCCAGAGGCCAGCAAGUUCCUCAAGGGCGCAGCUGAUGAAGAGUCUGAGAGUGAUGAUGACGACGACGACGAUGAUGAUGAUGAGCAUUGGGGUUCGGACUCUGUGGACAGCGGUAGUGACAGUGAUGACAACGAAGGAACUGCAGCAUCAUUGGCCGUAGCCUUCCUUAAAAAAACACAAGAUGGCGAUAAACCAUCUGAUCGCAAGAAGGAUCCAAAGAAGAAAAGAGUCCAGAAGAUUGAUCGACUGGUGGAAGGGGGUGAGGAAGAGGGAGGAGAGGGAGAGGAGGGAGGGUGGGAGAAGGUGAAGGGAGGUGUACCACUGGUGAAGGAGAAGCCCAAAAUGUUCGCUAAAGGCACAGAGAUCAACACUGCUGUGGUGAUAAAGAAACUCAGUGAGAUCCUGCAGGCACGAGGCAAGAAGGGAACAGACAGAGCUGCUCAGAUUGAGCUCCUUCAUGCUCUCGCAGGCAUCGCUAAUGAGAAUAACCUCGGUGAGGGCAUUCUUGUCAAAAUCAAGUUCAACAUCAUUGCCUCCCUUUAUGACUAUAACCCCAACCUGGCUGCGUUCAUGAAGGCUGACAUGUGGAAAAAGUGUUUGGAAUGCAUUGAUGAGCUGCUGGACAUCCUGUUUAACAACACCAAUAUCUUUAUUGGAGAGAACAUUGCUGAGGACAGCGAGAAUCUGGCAGUCUCUGACCAGGUCAGCAUUACACAUUCUGAACCAUUCCGUGUCCGUGGCUGUAUUUUGACUCUGGUGGAAAGAAUGGAUGAAGAAUUCACCAAAAUCAUGCAGAACACCGACCCUCAUUCACAAGAGUAUGUUGAUAAUCUAAAGGAUGAGGGUCAUGUUUGUGGCAUCAUUGACCGACUUCUACAGUAUCUGGAGACUAAAGGCAGCACAGAGGAAGUGUGUCGCGUCUAUCUGCGCAGGAUCAUGCACACCUACUAUAAGUUUGACUACAAGGCACACCGACGCAGCCUGGGUCUACAGGGAGAGACUAAAUCGGAACAGGAUCAGGAGGAAAGCGAGGGAGAGGAUAGUGCUAUUAUUAUGGACCGUUUGUGUAAGUUUAUUUACGCUAAGGACCGCACAGACCGCAUCCGCACAUGCGCUAUCCUAUGCCAUAUCUACCAUCAUGCCCUGCACAGUCGCUGGUACCAGGCCAGGGACCUAAUGCUUAUGAGUCACCUACAAGACAACAUCCAGCACGCCGACCCUCCUGUCCAGAUUUUGUACAACAGGACCAUGGUGCAGCUAGGUAUCUGUGCUUUCCGUCAGGGCAUGAUAAAAGAUGCACACAACGCGCUCUUGGACAUCCAGUCAAGUGGCAGAGCCAAAGAGCUGCUGGGACAGGGGCUUCUCAUGAGGAAUAUGCAGGAGAGAAAUGCUGAACAGGAAAAGAUCGAGAAGAGGCGACAGGUGCCAUUCCACAUGCACAUUAACCUGGAGCUUCUGGAGUGUGUGUACCUGGUGUCAGCCAUGCUGCUGGAGAUCCCUUACAUGGCAGCCCAUGAGUUCGAUGCCCGCCGUAGGAUGAUAAGCAAACAGUUCCACCACCAGCUCAGGGUGGGCGAGAGACAGCCACUGCUGGGUCCUCCUGAGAGCAUGAGGGAACAUGUCGUAGCUGCCAGCAAGGCUAUGAAGAUGGGAGAUUGGAGAACCUGCCAUUCCUUUAUAAUCAAUGAGAAGAUGAACAGCAAGGUGUGGGAUCUGUUCCCAGAAACACAACGUGUCCGGGAAAUGCUCGUAAGGAAGAUCCAGGAGGAGUCGUUGCGCACUUACCUGUUCACCUACAGCAGCGUGUAUGACUCGAUCAGUAUGGGAACUCUGUCAGAGAUGUUCGAGUUGGAGUUACCCACAGUGCACAGCAUCAUCAGCAAGAUGAUCAUUAAUGAAGAGCUCAUGGCUUCUCUGGACCAACCGACUCAGACGGUGGUAAUGCACAGGACCGAGCCCACCUCUCUGCAAAACAUGGCCCUGCAGCUGGCUGAGAAACUUGGUGGCCUGGUAGAAAACAACGAACGUGUCUUUGACCUUAAACAAGGCAUCUAUGGAGGCUACUUUAAUAGAGAUCAAAAAGGAGGUUACCAACAGAAGCAAGGCUAUCAAAGAGUUCCAGAACUGAGGGGAGGUUACCACCAGAAGCAAGGUUACCAACGAGAUCAGAAAGGAGGCAGUUACCAGCAGAAGCAGAACUAUCAGCGUGGAGGUUACAGGGGUCAGAACCAAGGCUCAUACUGAUUCCUCUGUUUGGCUUUGCACCAAUGUACAUCUUUGGAUCCGUUUCAAUACAUCAGACCGCUUAGCUUAGCUUGUCUGCCUGCUUACUGGUUUGCAGUGCUUUACCAAAUCAUAAACUAGGUUUUUAAUCUAAUAACAAAACUGGCAUCCUAUUAAAUAAUUUUUCUAUAUUAAGAGCUUCUGUUUACACUGCAAGUUUGAGGUAUCUGGCAUAUCAGGCUAGGAAGAAAUGUCAAGUUAAUUGUGUUACAACCUGAUUGAAUUUAAUAAAGGGUAUACAGACAAAACAUGACACUUCCGUCAGUUUAUGUUUUGCAUUGUUUUAAAACAUUGCUUUUUGCAGUUUGACAUAAAUUUUUCCACUGGUGUCCAUUAGGGGUUUAUGGUUGAGUGAUGUUCACCCUUGUGUAAAGAUUAUCGUAUAUGUGCUGAAGUUUGCGUUGAGCAUAUCUGUCAUGUAUUCAAACUAAAAGCCUUUCUGGCAUGAUUGAUGUUACAGGAUAAAAUGGUAAAAAAAAUGUCGUUGCACAACUAAUUUAGUAACACAAGGAACAAUCUAGGAAUUUUUUGCUUGCUUUUGACUUCUCUAACACCGACAGUGAAAAAAAAACAGAAAUAUGUGAUGAUAACCACCCAGCCAAAUUUAAACAUGCAGGAUUCUCUUCUUUAACGGUGGGGGUGUGUCUGGUUUUUGUGCUGAAACCAUGCCCACUCGCAGGAAAGUUGCCCUUUCAAACACUGCUGCAACCUAAAUGGAUACUCAUUUUCAAAUAAUUCCGAAAACAAAUGUGGAAACACUGUAGCUCCACAAUUCAGUACUACAUAGUUCAGUACACAGCAUUUUGUAACGUGUUUCACCAGUAUAUUUCUAAACAAUUGUGAUAUAAAAAAAUAAUUUCUGAAGUGACUUCACAUGGACUUGAAUAAUAUUAAGACAAAAAUCUUGAAUGAUAAUGCCCACUGAACAAAAUGUAAAAAAUUAAACAAUUGUGUUUCUGUAAUAAGUUUUUAGAGUUAUUUUGGUUCAUACUGUAGGCAGGUCAAGGGGUUUGGGAGUUAAAGAGUUAAUUUUUGCUCCUAGUUUGUUAGUGUUGUCUAUUAAGAACAAAGUUCAGCAUGGCCUUUUCUCUUACACAUCAUUUUGCUAAACCCCAAAGUCUGUCUGCUUCCCAAGACCCAAGGUCAUCGGACAUCUGCUCGUUUCUCUUGCUUAUCAUGUUUACUGCUUAGCAAUUUUACUUGGAUCAUACAAAUUCAUCUGAAUGCUGUGUUUCUUUACAUAAAGGAUAAUGAAUAAAUAAAAAAGGGAUUCUUGAUCUGGA